GGAGGUAUAAAUGAAUGCAAUCGAUUGUUGGGCUGGCUUAGUGUUGAUUGAGCUGCUGAAGGCAAUAAAUCAUCAAUAAUGCGCAAGGAGACGAUUGUCAUUUGCCUCAUCCUGGCCGCCUGCUGCCACGCCUAUCCGCAGAGCACGGAGGCACCGUCCUCAACGACUACGCCAAAGCCCGAUGUGGAUGAAAAUCCGAGCAGCAGUACGACAACAACGAUCAUCUCUACAACAGAGAAACCCAAGUCUGAGCUGGAAGCAUCGAUCACGCCCAACUCAGAUGCAUCGAGCACCGCCCUGAAAAACGACAAUGCAUCGAGCACUACGUCCAAGUCCGAUGAAUCGAGCACCGUCCUGAAAGAGAAUAUUGCAUCGAGCACUACGCCCAACUCGGAGGCAUCUAACACCGCUCUGAAGAACAACAAUGCAUCGAGCACUACGCCCAAUUCAGAUGCAUCGAACACCGCCCUGAAAGAGAAUAUUGCAUCGAGCACUACGCCCAACUCGGAGGCAUCUAACACCGCCCUGAAGGGCGACAAUGCAUCGAGCACCGCCCCGAAAGACGACAAUGCAUCGAGCACCGCCCUGAAAGGCGACAAUGCAUCAGGCACAACUCCCAACUCAGAUGCAUCAAGCACCACGCCUAAGGACGACGAUGCUGAGGUUAAGGAGCUGCUGGCCAAGUGCGAGCAGCUGCGCCGGCGCCGUAAGCGGGACAGCUCCUCGUCUGAGGAGGACGAGGACAGCCACGAGCAAAAGUCAGUCAAGAAGGAGCGCAAGAAGCUGAAGAAGAUGUGCAAGGAGCUCAAGAAGCAGCAGGAGCGCAAACAGCAGCGACAGGGAUCGGAAAGUCUACGCGAGCUAGCGCAGGCUCUGCACAGCUACCAGAUGAAGCAGAGGGAGCGCAAUGAUCGCAGGAGGAACUAA